AUGCCUGUCUUAUUCGGCAGUUACUCAGGUGCUCAACAUAACGAUCAGUCUCCUGUGUUGCCUAUUGAGAUCUACCAACUCAUUAUCAACUACGUCACUGAAUGGGACUAUGUGAAGCGACAAGAGACUCUCUUGGCGCUCUGUCGCUCCAACAGGACACUCCAAUCCAUCGCCGAGCCCUACCUAUACAACCACCCCCGCGACCUAGACAGCAUAACGAGACAGUGGGGAUUCAGAUUCACCCUGGCCAUUGAACCCCAUCUCACGACCUUGGUCAAGUCUUUGCGGUUGCUAUGGGAAGCCGAAGGCGAGAACGGCAAUCUCAUUGUCGACAUUGCUCGUGCAUGUCCAAAUGUCGACGAUAUACUUAUCGAGCGCGGGAUGGAUUUCGAAGAUUCGAAUCAUAUCUCGAAACAGGAUGUCAUGAAUAUGGCGGCCCUGCUCGAUGCAUGCCCGCGACUCAAGACAUUCUGGUACGCAACAAAUGUCAAAUGGACAAGCGACCAGCAACAACAACAGGAUGAAGCUAGCCAAAAGGCAUUCGAUGAGGCCUUGAAAGAUGAGCGCUUCGCCAAGGUUGCCCAAAAGCUGACCAGCUUGACCUUUCAUGGUCAAUUCUUGUGGCUGAUACGAGCCCUGUCACCACAUCUCUCUUCGAAUCUUCAAUGCCUCACUCUGGGCCAAGAUUUCUGGAUCGAGGAAACCCCCAACCUUUUGUCGGAUCUCAGCCACCAGUGCCCUUCUCUUCGCGAGCUUGAGUUACGAUGCAGAUUGAUCACGGCGGAUGAACUCUCGGAAGCUUGCAAGAGAUGGGGCCCAACCCUCCAAAAGCUUCGUGUCUGGAGCAUCGAAGAAAUUUCCGACUGGGUUGUUCAGGUUAUGCCUUUCAUGACGGCGCUUCGAGAAGUCGAUUUCGGUUUAGGAUGCGCCAUUUCCACGCUUGAUCUGGAUGCCAUCGGCCAAGCAUCCCCACCACAACGGCUCGUAUCAGUCUCGGCCGGUGACGUGGAAGAUCCAACGGACUCGGAGGACCAUGUUCAGGCGCAAAAUCACCUCAACGACGUCAUCGCCCGACUCGUCAACUCCCAUUCUUCCACCCUCCAAGAACUGGACCUUAGCACCACUCUGGGACAGGUUGCUGUGCAGAGCUGCAAAAAGGCCAAGAAGCUCGUCAAGCUUUUUGUCAACUUGGAUGAGGACGUUGAGCCAUCUGAUGUGGAUGAUCUCCUCGACGCUUGUCCUGACCUUGUGUAUGUCGCAAGCUUUUUUGGGAUCAAUACGCCGCGUCGAAAGGAGUGGGACAAGAGGCGAUUGAGAUUUGAGGCGGAGGCUGAGGAGGAAGCAAGGAGAGAUCGAAGUUUGGCUGGGCUGGGAAGUUGA